AGUUGAUUGUGCUACCGUGAAAUGCUUUGGCCCUCCAUUGCAUGAAGGUUGCACGGAGCUACAGAGAUCAUCGGGAUCUUGUUGCCUUAAGUGGAUGUGCAAGCCUGUAUGUGAUGAUGGAACAGACUGCAAGCCUUACAUUUUCCCCGACUGCCAGCCUGUGUUUAGCAACGGGACCUGUUGCCCAGACUAUACACCUUGCAGAGGGCCUGUAUGUGAUGAUGGAACAGACUGCAAGCCUUACAUUUUCCCCGACUGCCAGCCUGUGUUUAGCAACGGGACCUGUUGCCCAGACUAUACACCUUGCAGAGGUUCCCCGAACACUGAAGGUGCGUGAGAGCGGCCCUUCGUCGCCCCGAACAGCUGAUCUUGACCCCUGACCAUUUCUCCUGAAACUGAAUAAAUGCUUUAGUUGA